AUGGCGUCCCCAGAGCAGGUUCGCACACCUGUUGACCCGGUUUCGGACCCCGCGACAACAACCGACACAUCGACGGCCGCGUCUAUACUCCGCGACAUCCUCAUCUGGUAUCCGGGAACCCUCUUGAUCGUCUUCUUCAUCUCCGGCGUCGCCUACAGCAUAUUGACUGCCAAAAGAGAGGACGAAAUUGUUGAGCCAGGCGUCCGCGGUCCAGGUGGCAAACCUCUCCCCGCCACGAAGAAGAGGAAAAGAAACAGUGAUGGCAACAGUAACCAUUGGGGUCCCGACCCGUCUCCUGCCUUCAAAAAGGUCUUCGCAUGGCUGUCUCUGGCCAUGUUUCUCGUCUUUUUCGCCAAUGGCAUCGCACACUUCGUCCACGUAGUCGAGGUCUGGCCGGCACAACGAGACGGCCAAGUUGUCUGGCGCGAGACGGAAGAAAUGAGCGUAGGUGCCUCUGGCUUGUUGCCCCCGGCUCACCUCACCAGCUCUGGUGCACAAGCUGACAAGUCUUCUCCACAGGUGUUCCUGAUCGGCGCGACCAAUUUCUAUCUAUACCUUUUUGUCACGAUCCUCGAAUGGCACCACAGCCCGUCACUUGUACACUUCAUUACCUGGACGCUUGCCUUUGCUGGCGAGCUGACCAUCACAACCUGCGCUCUCGCCAUAUUCGAAAAGCGCCGCGACACCCACGGCACCGCUGCGUUACGACCUCUCGACAACUUCGACAGCAAGUCGGACAAGUGGGAUCUGAUCGACAUCGUCCUGGCCAUCGUGCGACUCGUUCUUGCCUUCUGCCUCGUAAGCACAUACACCGCGUUAUGGAUCCGCAAAGCCUGGAACAACAGGGACAAAUAUGAUCGGGAUGCGGAACGGUUGGGCGCGGAAGAAGUCACACCGCUUCUCAACGGUACGCGGACGACCUACCGCACCCAGAACGGCCGCGAGGUUCAUACACGCGAGGCUAACGGCCGGAGCAUCCGUGGCCGGAAUGGUAGUGCUACGGCCAGCACCAACGGUGUCGUCGGGGCCAUCAGCCUAGUCAAGGACGAGUCAGCCGCGUUCUACCGACCCGAGAAGAUGCCUCACAAGACGUGGUGGGAGUAUCUAAGGGGCUAUGGCGUAUUCUUCCCUUACCUCUGGCCCCGAGACUCGUGGCGGCUGCAGCUCAUCUUCGCUAUCUGCACUCUUCUGCUGCUCGCGCAGCGCUGGGUGAACCUCCUGGUGCCGCUCCAGAUCGGACAUCUCACCGAUGCCCUCUCCAAGGGCGAGGACCCAUGGAAAGCGCUGAUCUUGUUUAUCAUUUACAAGCUACUACAAGGACCUUCGAUGCUCCUGGGCGCCGUGCGGUCCAUACUCUGGGUACCCAUCUCCCAGUACUCGUAUCGAGCUUUGACGACCUCGGCGUUCGAGCACGUUCAUUCGCUGAGUCUGGACUUCCACCUUGGCAAGCGCACCGGCGAGGUGCUGUCGGCACUCAACAAAGGUGCCUCGAUCAACCAAUUCCUCGAGCAAGUUACGUUUCAAGUUUUGCCCAUGCUCAUUGAUUUGGGGGUGGCCGUCUUCUUCUUUUAUGUCCGAUUCGACGCAACGUACGCGGUUAUCGUCAGCUGCAUCUCCUUCUGGUACCUGUAUCUCACCAUACGCAUGGCGCAAACCCGUGCCGAUCAACGCAGGGCCAUGACGAACGCCGACCGGGAGGAGGAGGCCGUGAAGAAUGACUCGAUCACAAGCUAUGAGACGGUCAAGUACUUCAACGCCGAGGACUGGGAGUUCAGGCGUUAUCGCAACGCCAUUCGGGUCUUCCAGGAGGCUGAGGCGCAGGUCACAUGGGGCAUGAACAAGAUGAACGUCAUCCAGGCGCUCGUCUUCAUGGCUGGCAUGACUGUUGUUCUGCUUUUUGGCUCCUAUCAAGUCACAAACGAACACCGAACUGUCGGCGACUUCGUCAUGCUUCUCACUUACCUCAAUCAGCUCCAGGGCCCUCUCAACUUCUUCAGCAGCUUCUACCGUACCAUUCAACAGGCAAUGAUCUCGGGCGAGAGGCUGCUGGAACUGUUCAAGAUCGAGCCCACCGUUGUGGACUCCGAUACAGCGAAGCCAUUGACCGAGUGUCAAGGGCACAUCCGUUGGAACAAUGUUGCGUUCGCCUACGACCCACGCCAGCCUGCUCUCAAGGAACUCGAUUUUGAGUGCACGCCAGGGACGACAACUGCGUUUGUUGGCGAAUCCGGAGGCGGCAAGUCGACCGUGUUUCGGUUAAUGUUCCGCUAUUACAACACGACAAGCGGUAGCAUUGAGAUUGACGGACAGGAUGUGAAAGAUUUGACGAUCGACUCCGUGCGGCGCUACAUAGGCGUGGUGCCACAGGACACGACCCUGUUCAACGAGAGUUUGAUGUACAAUCUCAAGUAUGCCAACCCGAGCGUCACUGAGGAAGAUGUGUACGAGGCUUGCCGCGCAGCAAGUAUUCAUGACCGGAUCCAGUCUUUCCCUGACGGCUACAACACAAAGGUUGGCGACCGAGGACUGCGAUUGAGUGGAGGCGAGCGACAGCGUGUGGCCAUCGCGCGCACCAUCUUGAAGAAUCCCAAGAUCAUCAUGCUCGAUGAAGCCACAUCGGCACUUGAUGCCCACACAGAGCAAGAAAUUCAGGACAAGCUCGGCAAUCUCGGUCACGGCCGCACUCUUCUCAUCAUUGCCCAUCGCCUAUCUACCAUCACGCAUGCAGACCAGAUUAUUGUUCUCAACAACGGGAAGAUUGUUGAAAAGGGCACACAUGAGCAGCUUGUCAAUGCCAAGGGCCGCUAUGCCUCCAUGUGGGAGAAGCAAGUUCAGGCUGAGCGUGCCGCCGAGAAGGCGCGUGCUGCCAGCCGCAAGGCCCACAAACUCAUGCGUAAAGCCAACAUUGUCAGCAAGGGCCGUACAGAUGGAACGUCGGACGGGUACAACAGCCUCUCGUCUUCGACAAUCCUCCCUGGAGCAACCGACCAGAACUCCAAAGCCACUGCACCACGUGGGGACACGUCGAGCUCAUCCACAAGUUCCGACGCUGAUUCUACACACAACUAUCACGAUGAAACGGAGCGGUAGUCGACGCCGUCUUCCUGUCCCUGAGACAUCUGUUGACUUUCACCGAGCGUGAUUACAUAUCGUUGCUGCGUUGCCAUCAGCAUGCGUCCUGUUGCAGGGGCAGCCUUCAUUUCUUUCUUUCUCGCUACCCCACCGGGUUUCUGGCUUUUAUUGUUACGAAUGUUGAAGAAUCACGACCUGCUACGGAUUCACGGAUCAGGAAGACUGCAUGCCUCAUUAUUGGCAACUUGGCGUUUGGAGUUUCAUCAGCAACGCUGCUAUUUAAUCGCAAGCUUUCACGACAGGUGGUGGCUCUGUUCCGUUUUUUUUCCCCUUUUUUUUCUCGAGAGGGCUUCACUUCAUGUCUCGUCUAAUCAUGUGGCGUCAUGACGUUCAAAGGGGGGGAGGCAUGUAUGCCGACCGCUACCAUGGCGGGAGGCCCCCCCCCCCCUUGGACCUUGCAUCGGAUUUAUAGGUUUGCGUGGUCUUGACUCCCCGUUGCUCAUCAGGACCGCGACGUUACCCGGUCUUGUCUGCUACUUUGCUUAGUCCCAAUCUUGUUUAAUCUUCGAGAGGAAGAGCGUUAUCUCGCAACACAAAGCAAAGGUAUGAGGGCUCUUUAUUAGGAGAGCCCCUGGGCUGUCAGGUGGGCUGGCGACGCCUGCCUUUUCUGCCUGUCUAUUUUCUUGUCUGUUCUUGUCUCUUUGUCUGGCCUCGGUGGACGGUCUGGGGAAGGCAGGUGGUGGGGGGAAGGAGGAGGCGGGAAAAAGGCUACACAAAUGAGCUGGCUUCACGGCUACCACGUACGUACACAUUGGUUCUCGCACUUUCCAUUUUUUUUUCUAGUCUUUGCUCAUAGAGGGUGCCUUGGCAGAGAGUGCCGGGCCAAUGCGAGCGUUGCGAACAAAAAAAGAUGAGAUGGCUGUCUUUCCCCCCC